AUGGCAAUGGCAGGGCCAAGGCCAGGGCCCCGGCAGGCCACCGUGAUGACCGGUCGACGCCGUUUCAACUGCAUCUCUCCCGAACUAGAGUUGAAAUUCGGAGAGCGGAAUUACCGCGAUAUUCUUCGACAGUACCAUGGCUAUAUCCUCCCGGCUAACCAUCCGUACACGGUCAUGGUGAAUCGCGUCCUGCAGCGAUUGAUUCCUCAGUCGGGGCUUCCGGGAGCGGAUUGGAGAGUGCAUGUUAUACAUGACGACCAUAUGCUGAAUGCAUUUGUUUUGCCUGGAGGCAAGGUUUUUGUGUUCACCGGUAUCCUGCCUAUCUGCCAGGACGAGGACGGACUGGCAGCUGUGUUGGGCCACGAGAUUGCCCACGUUGUUGCGCACCAUCCUGCAGAGCGGAUGAGCGGGAGCUUUAUCGCUCUAGUUGUAGUGGCUGCCAUCUCGACUCUGUUCGAUGUCUCGGGGCAGAUCCCUUCGAUGUUGAUGAAUCUUCUCUACAGUUUACCGAACUCAAGGACGCAAGAGGCUGAAGCGGAUAACAUUGGGCUACUGAUGAUGUCUAAGGCGUGCUUCAAUCCCGAAGCUGCCGUUAGACUCUGGGCUCGCAUGCAAAAGGCGGAGAAGGCUGCUCCACCCCAGUUCCUAUCAACACACCCAUCGAGUUAUAACCGAAUGGAGGCCAUUCGCGGAUGGCUACCGAAGGCCGAGAUGUUGUAUGAGAAUAGCGGAUGUGCGUUUGCUGGCCGAUAUGUAGCGUGCGAACUUUAUAGAGCGAUUUCUGUAUAUUCUUCUCGGAGAUAUAGACAAGAUCUUCUGUGGUAUUUUGCCGUGUUUGCAUCGUUCACACCGGCGUCGACGAAUUGGUCUAGCUCCUGCUUACAUAACACGCCCCUGCCGGAACUCGGCGAGGCUUGUCCCCAACAACAACUUUCCGCUGGAGAGAAGAGCGGUCUCCCCCUUUCGCAGCUGCUUCAUCACCGUCCAUUGGGCUCUCUCUCCUUCGCCAUGUUCUCCCGAGCCUUGUGGGCGCGCCAGGUCGCGCCUCUGAGACGCCAGGCCCUUGCUCCCUUCGCCGCUCGCCGCUCUGUUACCACCGAUGCGGCCUCGUCGCAUGCUGAAGAUAUCCCGCAGGCUGAUCACCAUUUUGGCUUCCAGGAGGAUGACAAGCCCUUCACGGUCAGGCUCUCGGAUGAGAGCUUCGAGACGUACGAGCUCGACCCUCCUCCGUACACGCUGGAGACGACCAAGAGGGAGCUGAAGCAGAUGUACCACGAUAUGGUCGUGAUAAGGCGCAUGGAAAUGGCUGCGGACCGUCUGUACAAGGAAAAGAAGAUCCGGGGUUUCUGCCACCUGUCGACUGGCCAGGAGGCUGUCGCCGUCGGUAUUGAGCACGCUAUCACCAAGGCUGACAAGCUGAUUACUGCCUACCGUUGCCACGGUUUCGCCUACAUGCGCGGUGGUACCGUCCGGUCGAUCAUCGGAGAGUUGCUGGGUCGUCGUGAGGGUAUCGCGUACGGCAAGGGAGGCUCCAUGCACAUGUUCGCCCCCAACUUCUACGGCGGUAACGGAAUUGUCGGAGCGCAGGUGCCUGUUGGCGCCGGGUUGGCUUUCGCGCAGCAAUACACGGGCGAGAAGACUACUACUAUCACCCUGUAUGGAGAUGGUGCUGCCAACCAGGGUCAGGUCUUUGAGGCUUUCAACAUGGCAAAGCUGUGGAACCUGCCUGCCAUCUUCGGUUGUGAGAACAACAAGUACGGUAUGGGUACCGCCGCUUCUCGCGCCUCCGCUCUGACGGACUACUACAAGCGUGGUCAGUACAUUCCUGGUCUGAAGGUCAACGGCAUGGAUGUCCUCGCCAUCAAGGCUGCCGUUCAGUACGGCCGCGAGUACACCACCGCCGGAAAGGGCCCCUUGGUGUACGAGUACGUGACUUACCGGUACGGUGGUCACUCCAUGUCCGACCCCGGUACGACGUACCGUAGCCGUGAGGAGAUCCAGCGGAUGCGCAGCACCCACGACGCGAUUGCGGGUCUCAAGCAGAAGCUGCUCGACUGGAAGGUGGUCACGGAGGAGGAGCUCAAGGCCAUCGACAAGGACGCGCGCAACUUUGUCGACGAGGAGGUCGCCGAGGCCGAGAAGAUGGCUCCUCCGGACCCAACCAGCCGCAUCCUGUUCGAGGACAUUUAUGUCCGCGGCAGCGAGCCUCUCUGGAUGAGGGGUCGUACCGUUGACGAGACUUUCUACUAUUAG